AUGAGCUUCUGUUGGUUUAUUGCAAGAUCCUUCAAAAACUGUUAUGUGGGUGAAUGUGUUGCUGAAUUGACUAUAUCCAAGAUUGAAUGGAAUAUUCAACACAUCGUUCCGGAAGAUCGUUACAAAGUCAAGCUUCUGCAAAGGUUGAAUAAACAUGUGAGCUCAAGGAUCAAGGUAGCAUUUCGAUCUUGGGAUCUCUAUGAGCUUCCAUCUCUUCGUUCUACAUCAUCGGAUGCUUGGGCAAUUAGAACAACCAGUAAACUAGAGAGACCUCUAUUCGUUAUCAUUGGAUUUCAAGAUUCUACAGUUGAAGAAAAUCAUUCGAUGGAUAUGACGAAAUUCAUAAAUGCCAACGUUAACUCGAUUCGCUUGAAGUUGAACAACCAAGUAACCUAA